UUGGACAGGAACGUUUAUUACACGUCACUGGUCAAGUAGCACACUGUACUUCAGGCAGGUGGUGCAACGGAAAACAAGGAAAAAUACAAGGAAAUAGAUUACUUCUGGCACGUUGCGUGCGCUCAAUUGACAAAUACUGACGAACUGUCAAGUCUUUCAUGCCUGGCCGGUGGAUCAUAUCAGACAGAAACUGAAGUCUUCUGUCUAAGGUUAGUUUCUCUGCGUUGCAUGAUGUUUAUUGUGCAGUCAAGAACGGCAUUUCGAUUCGCACAGCAUUUUAGAGCGGCAUACACUCCAGGAAAAGUUUAUCUUGGUAGUUCGGUAAAGGAUGCGAUCACAUCCAAAGACCCCAAACGUCCACUCGGAACAUUCGAUAAGAAAAGGAGGAGAAGGAAGCAAGGGCCGCCUCAGAACGACACCGCGUCCUGGGAGGAGCGGUUGGCUGAUGCAGUUACUCCUCUGUGGCGGCUCAGCUACGAGCAGCAGCUGCAGCUGAAACAGGAGCGGCAGGAAGACAUUGUGCGCCGUCUAUCGGAGGCCGGCGGGUACCGCUGCCCCCCAGUGCUGCCUAUACGACCGUCACCAGUGACGGAUGCAUACCGUAACAAGUCCACCUUCUCCGUUAAUGUCGGGCCCGGCGGCGAUCCAAAGACGGUGGGGCUCUAUGUUGGUACUGGGAGAGCGGGCAGCAUCGUCUGUGUCAGGGGAGACCACCUGAAGCACAUUCCCGAGAAACACAAGCUGGUGGCCCGAUGCUAUGAGGAGUUCCUCCGCCUGUCCCCACUGGAGCCUUGCCUCCUCUUCCACACGGGAGGCCACUGGCGGGAGAUUGUUGUCAGGACUAACACAGCAGGCCACACCAUGGCCAUUGUGGUCUUCCAUCCUCAGACGAUGGCUCCAGAAGAGGUUCAGCUCCAUAGGGCAGCCUUGCUGGAGUACUUCACCCAGGGCCCUGGGGCCGCCUGCCAGCUGGACUCUCUGUACUUCCAGGAGAGCGCAAUGACUCGCUGCAGCCACCAGGAGGCGCCGUUCCAGCUGCUGUACGGUGCCUCGCACAUCCACGAGGACGUGCUGGGGCUGCGGUUCCGCAUUUCUCCCGACGCUUUCUUCCAGGUGAACACGGCCGGUGCGGAGGUGCUGUACGACAGCGUCCGGGAGUUCAGCGCUCUGGGAGAAGUGGGCGGGGCGGUUGGGGAGAUGAGCGACGGCCGUGAAGCGGGAGUGGGCGGAGCCACGCUGCUGGACGUGUGCUGCGGCGCAGGGGUUAUCGGCAUCUCCAUGGCGACCGCAGUGGACAGGGUGGUUGGCGUGGAGAUCGUGGAGCAGGCUGUGGAAGACGCCAGGCACAACGCCGCGCUCAACCAGGCGAGGAACUGCGAAUUCCUGCCGGGGAAGGCCGAAGUGGUGCUCCCGCAGUUACUGCCCUCUCUCGGGUCCAACCGGGGUCUGGUCGUGGUGGCGAACCCCUCCCGCGCUGGGCUGCACUACCGGGUGAUCCGGGCUCUCCGGAACCUUCCGUCCAUCCGCCGACUGGUUUACGUGUCCUGCAAGCCGGAGGGAGAGGCCACACGAAACUUUCGAGAGCUCUGCUGCCCCGCCAACCCGCGGAAGAAGCUCGCGGGGGAGCCGUUCACCAUGACAGCCGCGGUGCCUGUAGACAUGUUCCCCCACACCGCGCACUGUGAGCUCCUGAUGCUGUUCCAGCGGUAGCGCCACACCUUUGAGCCAGCUGUGAGGGAAAUGCCGGAAGACUUGAUUUCACAUGACUGUAUGUUCUGCCAAGUCAGUUUUGAUGCAUGGGAGAAAAAAAAAUGCAAUAAAAAAUUGCAACCCCCAAAUCAUUCACUAGAUGGCGCAAGUACGCAAGGUUUGCCCGUAAAUUUGCCUUUGUCCCCAGAAGCAAAUGGUUGCCAUUUAUAUGGCGCCUUUAUCCAAAGCGCUGUACAAUUGAUGCUUCUCAUUCAUCCUUUCUCACACACACACACACACACACACACACACUCACACACCACAGCGAUUAGCUGCCAUGCAAAGCACCAACCAGCUCUUCAGGUUACUCAUCAGGAGCACCCAGGGAGGGAUCGAGCUGGCAGCCGUCCAACUGCCAGACAACUGCUCUUACCUCCUGGGCCAAUGUCGCCAAUGUCAAAGUCAGUUUGGAACAGGAUGACUAUUUCUUUGAAAUUAAAGCAAUAAAUGUUCCACCUACAUAUUGAUGUCAGAAUAAAUAUGUUGAAAACCAGACUAGGAUAAUU